CUGUUUUUGUGUACAGGUUAGCAGAACCCACGGUGACUGCAUGAGUGGAGCCUGGCUGCGUGCGGCCCCCAGCAUGGACGGGUACUCGGUCCUGAGAGUGAUCGGGGAGGGCUCCUUCGGCAGAGCCCUCUUGGUUCGGCAGGAAAGCAGUGAUCAGAUGUUUGCCAUGAAGGAGAUAAGGCUUCCCAAGUCUUCCUCUUAUACACAGAAUUCUAGGAAGGAGGCUGUUCUUCUGGCAAAAAUGAGACACCCCAAUAUUGUUGCUUUUAAAGAAUCAUUUGAAGCUGAAGGACAUCUGUAUAUUGUGAUGGAAUAUUGUGAUGGAGGGGACCUAAUGCAAAAGAUUAAACAUCAGAAAGGAAAGUUGUUUCCUGAAGAUACGAUACUGAACUGGUUUACACAAAUGUGCCUUGGAGUAAAUCACAUUCACAAGAAACGUGUGUUACACAGAGAUAUCAAGUCCAAGAAUAUCUUCCUUACCCAAAAUGGAAAAAUAAAACUAGGAGAUUUUGGAUCUGCCCGUCUUCUCUCCCAUCCCAUGGCAUUUGCUUGUACAUACGUGGGAACACCGUAUUAUGUGCCCCCAGAAAUUUGGGAAAACAUGCCUUAUAACAAUAAAAGUGACAUCUGGUCCUUGGGCUGCGUUCUCUACGAGCUCUGCACCCUCCGGCACCCGUUUCAGGCAAAUAGUUGGAAAAGUCUUAUCCUCAAAAUAUGUCAGGGGUGUGUGAGCCCAGUGCCAUCUCAUUAUUCCUGUGAGCUUCAGCACCUGGUCAAGCAGGUGUUUAAGAAGAAUCCCUCGCAGCGCCCUUCGGCUACAACGCUUCUCUCUCGAGGCAUCUUCACGCGGCUUCUCCAGAAGUGCUUGUCCCCAGAGAUCAUCAUAGAAUAUGGUGAGCAGAUAUUAGAAGAAACCAAAAAAUCUAAACAUGAUACACCGAGAAAAAUGGGUCCCAGCAGGGGCAGGACCGCGGCGGGAAGCGAGGCGCCUGCCAGGCAUGGGGAAGAACCAGGUAGAAAGUGUAGCCACAGCGAUUUAAGAAGCAUUAACAAAAAUUCGGGUGAAAGUGCAUUGAGGAAAGUGAACAGAGAAGAGAACGGCAAUGAACCCGUCCAUCUGGGCAGAGCCAGCGCCCCGCGCGCCCCCAGGCGGCAGUGGGAGAGGAAAGCGUCCCCUGCGGCGCUGGGGGACGCGUCUCUGCUCGCCUCCAGCCUGACCGCGGGGCAGGAGACAGGUGGCUCUGUAAUAAAGUACACUGAAAAUAAUGCCCGCAAGCAGUGGCUCAAGGAGACUCCAGAAACCUUGCUGAACCUCCUUAAGAACACCGACCUCAGCCUGGCGUUUCAGACGUACACGGUAUACAGACCAGGUUCAGAAGGGUUCUUGAAAGGCCCUCUGGCUGAGGAAACAGAGGCAUCAGACAGUGUUGACGGAGGUCACGAUUAUGUCAUUUUGGAUCCAGAGAGACUUGACCCCAGGCUGGAUGCAGAGGACACGGACUUCGAGGAGGAAGACAGCAGCCCUGACUGGGUGUCGGAACUGGGGCAGCGAGCUGGCUGGCCGGGAGGGUCCGAUGGGUGAUGCCCAAGGAAACGGCCCUCGGUCACGCUGAGCAGACGUUUAAGCUGAAGGAUUAAUGUUUGGACAAUUAGCCCAUGGGAUGCGUAUUUUCCGUGGAAACAGAAUGAAGAGGAGGAAACUGGGUAUCAUUCCUGACUAGGACCAUGAGGUUUAAAAAGUCUGCAACUGUUGUUUUUGAACUCAGAGGAGAAGGUGGGGCCCAGCGGGCGUGGGAUUCGGGACCUGAGGUCCAAACAGAAACCACUGCGAUCUUGGGGAACCACCAACUUCUUUGAUCCAAAUUCCCUCCGCUGUGCCAUGAGGAUGCCAAAGCCGCCUCGCAGGCCGUCACAGCCGCCAUGAUGUUACUGUUUGUGCUGUGAUCUGUGUCUGACCGUGUGCCUCUUUUUACAUUUCCUAAAGGUUUGAGGACCUAAAUAUAUUUAAUUGUAACUAA